CAGCAGCAUGAGGAGGCGGUACAGGGGCCCAUGGCAGAUUACGGGCCUGGCAGCAGCAAUAGGAGGCCCGUAAUCUGCCAGAACCCUAUGACAAAAUGGAACACACCAGCAGUGUGAGGAGACCUGAAAGUGGCACAUGGCAGAGUGUGGCGAUGGAGACAGCAGCAAUGGGAGGCCGCCGUAAUCUGCCAGCACCCUAUGACAAAAUGGAACACACCAGCAGUGUGAGAACCUGAAAGUGGCACAUGGCAGAGUGUGGCGAUGGAGACAGCAGCAAAUGGGAGGCCGUACAGGGACCCAUGAGACACUCUGGACCUGGCAGCAGCAUGA